UUGCUAAGUGGUGCUGUGUCCUUCCUGGGGAGAGUAGUUUCCGUGAGUGUACUCGAGCUGAAUACGGUGAGCUGAAACACAUUUCUGUUGAGAGACGUGUAAGACAAGCUCGCAGAUAUCAUGGUGAGCAAGACGGACGACAUCCCGGCGACAGUGCCCACCAGCAAUACCAAUGAUCGGGCAGAGGAAGGUGAGACGCCGGACAGCAGAGAUACCAUGAAGGAGUCGCUGAAGGAUCCCUGCGCCUGUGGCCACAGUUCUGACUCCACAGUGAUGAAUGGGGAUGGGUCACAUGAUCACACCGAGGAGGCGGGGUCUAAGCAGGAGGGGGGUGGAGACACGGAUCAAGGGGAGGAUGCCAACGAACAGGAAGUGAUAGUGAUCCAGGACACAGGCUUCACUGUGAAGAUCCAAGCCCCAGGCACAGAGCCCUUUGACCUGCAGGUGUCACCCCAGGAGAUGGUGCAGGAGAUCCACCAGGUGCUAAUGGACAGAGAGGACACCUGUCACCGCACCUGCUUCUCCCUGCAGCUGGACGGAAACGUCCUGGACAACUUCGCUGAGCUCAAGUCCAUUGAUGGCCUGCAGGAGGGCUCCCUGCUGAAGGUGGUGGAAGAGCCCUACACGGUGCGUGAGGCUCGGAUCCACGUCCGCCACAUCAGAGACCUGCUGAAGAGCCUGGACCCCUCGGACGCCUACAACGGAGUGGACUGCAACUCGCUGUCCUUCCUCAGCGUCUUCACCGACGGGGACCUGGGAGAGAGCGGGAAGAGGAAGAAGGGCAGCGAGCUGGAGCAGAUCGAUUGCACACCCCCAGAACACAUCCUCCCAGGAAGUAAGGAGCGCCCUAUAGUGCCACUGCAGCCUCAGAACAAGGACUGGAAGCCCUUGCAGUGCCUGAAGGUCCUGACGAUGAGCGGGUGGAACCCGCCGCCCGGCAACAGGAAGAUGCACGGCGACCUGAUGUACCUGUACCUGGUGACGAUGGAGGAGCGGCACGUCAGCGUCACCGCCUCCACGCGCGGAUUCUACCUCAACCAGUCCACCACCUACACGUUCAACCCCAAGCCGGCCAACCCCAGCUUCCUCAGCCACUCCCUGGUGGAGCUGCUCAGCCAGAUCAGCCCCACCUUCAAGAGGAACUUCACCGCCCUGCAGAGGAAGAGGGUUCAGAGACACCCCUUUGAGAGGAUAGCCACGCCCUUCCAGGUGUAUAGCUGGACUGCGCCACAGGUGGACCACGCCAUGGACUGUGUGAGGGCGGAGGACGCCUAUACCUCCCGCCUCGGCUACGAGGAGCACAUACCCGGACAGACGCGGGAUUGGAACGAGGAGCUGCAGACGACCCGAGAGCUGCCACGCAAGAACCUUCCGGAGCGUUUGCUUAGAGAAAGAGCCAUCUUCAAGGUGCACAGCGACUUCGCGGCGGCCGCCACACGCGGGGCGAUGGCGGUGAUCGACGGGAACGUGAUGGCCAUCAACCCCGGCGAGGACACGCGUAUGCAGAUGUUCAUCUGGAACAACAUCUUCUUCAGCCUGGGCUUCGACGUGCGCGAUCACUACCGCGAGCUGGGCGGGGACAGCGCCGCCCACGCCGCGCCCACCAACGACCUGAACGGCGUGCGGGCGUACGGCGCCGUGGACGUGGAGGGCCUGUACACGCUGGGCACCGUGGUGGUGGACUACCGCGGAUACCGCGUCACCGCCCAGUCCAUCAUCCCCGGCAUCCUGGAGCGCGAGCAGGAGCAGAGCGUGGUCUACGGCUCCAUCGACUUCGGCAAGACCGUGGUGACGCACCCCAAGUACCUGGAGCUGCUGGAGAAGACCAGCCGGCCGCUCAAGGUGCAGCGCCACGCCGUGCUCAACGAGAAGGACGAGGCCGUGGAGCUCUGCUCCUCCGUCGAGUGCAAGGGCAUCGUGGGUAACGACGGCCGCCACUACAUCCUGGACCUGCUGCGCACCUUCCCCCCCGACCUCAACUUCCUGCCCGUGGAGGGCGAGGAGCUGUCCCCGGAGAGCCAGCGGCUCGGCUUCCCGCGCCCGCACCGCCACCGCCUGGCCUGCCUGCGCCAGGAGCUCAUCGAAGCCUUUGUGGAGCACAGGUACCUCCUCUUCAUGAAGAUGGCCGCCCUGCAGUUGAUGCAGCACAAAGCCAGCAAAGAGCACAAGGCGGGGCCGCCGGAGAGCCAGCCGGCCCUGGAGGAGGGAGGGGCCGCCCCCGCGUCAGCGGAGAGCGUCCCGGCGUCGGCCGACGGUGGAGCGGAGGCGCCGCCUCAGGCGGAGAGCGCGAGUGCGGAACCAGAGCCCCCCGCGGCUCCGCCCACCGAGGCCGCCCCUACCCCGGCGGCCGCCAACGGGUCUUCCGCCCCGGCUGCUACGGCAACCGAGAACGGGGAGUGCGAGAGCCCCUUGGAGGGUAAGGAGGCAGAGGAGUCUAUCCCGGGACUAGCCCAGGCUAAAGAGCUGGCCGAGGCCUUAGCAGCGGAAGAUGGAACGGGUAUUGAUCCCAGGAGCCGAGAGGUGGUUCUGAAUGCUUGCAAGGCUGUGGGCUCCAUCAGCCUCACCUCCUUUGACAUCCGCUUCAACCCGGACAUCUUCUCCCCAGGAGUGCGUUUCCCUGACGACAGCUCUGAGGACAUCCUGAAACAGAAACAGCUGCUAAAAGAUGCUGCUGCCUUUUUGCUCUCCUGUCAGAUCCCAUCCCUGGUGAAGGACUGCCUGGACCACAGUGCUCUGCCCAUGGAUGGAGCGACGCUGACCGAGGCCCUCCACCAGCGUGGCAUCAAUAUCCGUUACCUUGGCGACGUGCUGGACUUUGUUGACAAGACCCCAGCCAGGGUCCAGCUGGACCACCUUUAUAAAAUUGGAAUCAGCGAGUUGAUUACAAGAUGUGCAAAACACAUAUUUAAGACAUACCUCCAGGGCGUGGAGCUGUCUGCGCUGUCUGCUGCUGUUAGCCACUUCCUCAACUGCUUCCUGAGCUCCUUCCCUGACGCGGUGGCCCACCUGCCGGCCGACGAGCUGGUGUCCCGCCGGAAGAACCGGCGCCGGAGGAACAGGGUCCCGGGGGGAGGGGACAACACGGCCUGGGCGAGCCUGACCCCGGGCGAGCUCUGGAAGAACAUCGCCUCGGAGGCUCAGAGCUACUACCACUUCACUCUGCAUUGCGAGAGUGUGGACCAGGCUGUGGAGAGGUUCGGACUACAGAAGAUCACGCUCCUCAGAGAAAUCUCCGUCAAAGCUGGCAUCCAGAUCCUGAUUAAAGAGUACAAUUUCGACAGCCGGCACAAGCCCACCUUCACUGAGGAGGACAUCCUCAACAUCUUCCCUGUGGUCAAGCACGUCAACCCCAAGGCCUCCGACGCCUUCCACUUCUUCCAGAGCGGCCAGGCCAAGGUCCAGCAAGGUUUCCUGAAGGAGGGCUGUGAGCUGAUCAACGAGGCCCUGAACCUCUUCAACAACGUGUACGGCGCCAUGCACGUGGAAAUAUGCGCCUGCCUGCGGCUCCUGGCCCGCCUCAACUACAUCAUGGGGGACCACCAGGAGGCCCUGAGCAAUCAGCAGAAGGCGGUGCUGAUGAGUGAGAGGGUGCUGGGCAUUGAGCACCCCAACACCAUACAGGAAUACAUGCACCUGGCCCUGUAUUGCUUUGCCAACGGCCAGCUGUCCACUGCCCUGCGGCUGCUCUACCGCGCGCGAUACCUCAUGCUCCUGGUGUGUGGGGAGGACCACCCCGAGAUGGCGCUGUUGGAUAGCAACAUCGGCCUGGUACUGCAUGGAGUGAUGGAGUAUGACCUUUCUCUACGCUUCCUGGAAAACGCCUUGGCCAUCAACUCCAAGUACCAUGGGCCACGCUCUCUGAAGGUGGCCCUCAGUCACCACCUGGUUGCGCGAGUGUACGAGAGCAAGGCUGAGUUUCGCUCCGCGCUGCAGCACGAGAAGGAUGGAUACACCAUCUACAAGAACCAGGUGGGGGAGAGCCAUGAGAAAACCAAGGAGAGCUCGGAGUACCUGAAGCACCUAACCCAGCAGGCUGUGGCUCUGCAGAGGACCAUGAAUGAGAUCUACAAGAACGGCUCUAAUGCGAGCAUCAUGCCGCUAAAGUUCACAGCUCCUAGCAUGGCGAGUGUCCUGGAGCAACUCAACAUCAUCAAUGGCAUUAUCUUCAUCCCCCUCAGCCAAAAGGACCUGGAGACGCUGAAGGCUGAGGUGCAGAGACGACAGCAGCUGCAGGAGCCUGGGAAGAGUGAGGAACUACCAGAGGAUAGUCAGCUGGAGCUGAAUGACAAACUGCCUGUUGACGAUUAACGCAGUGCCCCCUCUGGCCUGGAGGCCACGGAGCAACAGCCAUGUGCUCGAAACUGUGGACCUGAGAAUCAAGUUCUGUUUUAACAACGAAUUUAUGAAUUUGGGGUGGGAGGGUCGGACCACUGGGGAAAUGGAAAUCUAUUUGCAGAGAUGAUAAAGGCAGGGGUUAAAUUGCAAAUAAUGACAACGAUAAGUGUGCAUGUGCAAUUGGGGGCUGGGAAUGGAGCUGAAUGUCACUCGGUUUCUGGCUUUGUGGGUGUGUGUGUGUGUGUGUGUGUGUGUAAGAGAGAGACAGAGAGAAGGAGGUGAAGGGGGGGCGAGAAACACGCCAACAGAGCCUUAUCCAUGUUUCGUACCUCCCACCCCCCAGGACUUGCC